UACCUAGGUAUUUAUAACAAUUGAUUGCACAGCUAUUUCUUUCUUGGCCUUUAAUUAGAGUUAUAGGACUACGAACAAACCGCUGAGGCGGCAACCUCGAAAAUGUCCGCCAGCCGCGCACCCUGGCGCUGGCAAGCCCGCCUCUUCUCGACCUUCCCCACGUCAACAACCACACCCUCACGACCUCCUCGCCUCUCUACCCUCUCCAACUCUCUCCUUCGCAGUCGCGUCCCCCGCCCGCGAAACCACCGUUUACAAUCCACCAAACCAACCCCCUCACCCGACCCCUCCACAACCCGGCAAACCCAACGCGCCGACGCAAUCCUCAACCGCGCAAGCCGCUGGGUCCCAAAACGCCUACACGCCCACCUCUCCCGACUACGGUCCGCUCCCUUCUCCCACGUCGCUGCCUUCCUAGUCCUACACGAAGCUACCGCGAUUCUACCCUUAUUCGGACUAGCAUACCUAUUCUACAGUAUGGAAUGGGUGCCCACAUCUUGGGUCCUAGGCCCCUGGGCGGCUUGGGCUGAGGAGGGGUUGAAGAGAUAUGCGCGCUGGUUUAGGAAGAGGGGGUGGUUUGGUAUGGGGGAGGAUGGCGGAAAGGAGGGGGAGGAGAAGUUGGAGGUUAGGUUGAGGGAGGAGGUUGAGAGGGAGAGGGUUAAGGAGGAAGAUGGGAAGGGGAGGGGGUGGUUUGGUUUUGGGAGGAAGGAGGAUACUGUUGUUAAUGGUGCUGGAAGUGAAGGUGGAGCGGAGGAGAGCAAGAGCGCUAAAGCUUGGGGAAAGGUUAAAAAAGCUGCCACUAUUGAUAAUACGGAGAAGGGGUAUAAAAUUGGUAUACAGAUCGCAGCUGCCUAUGCGAUUACGAAAAUGUUGUUUAUACCUAGGAUAGCAUUGAGCUUAUGGGCGACCCCUUGGCUAGCGAGAGGAUUGGUAGCUGUUAGGCGUUCGAUAUGGAAGAAACGCAGCUGAGAAUAUAAUAACCCCAAUGAAUUUCACAUCAUCGUAAGGCAUAAGCCAUAUCUUGUUUAUGAUUCUUGAUUUAUCAUAGUAUGCAGUUUUUGUUUGUACCUAUCACAUAACCCCAUAUCUUGUCCAGGCUAGGUAGAUCGAGGUGGGUAGUCUUAGGUCAUACGAAUAUUUGCAACCGUUUAGUCCGGCUUACUCGUAGAUCCACUUGGCCUGGGCGCUCUCCCAGCUGACGACGUCACCCUCCUGGAACC